GGGUCCGGGGAGCCGGACGCUCGCACGUUAUCGUCCGCGAGUUGUUGCGGACGAGGUGACAGCCCAGCAGAGCCGCGCGCGUGGCUCCGCGAGAGGAGGGGACUCUGACCCUGUGGCCACGUCCAGAAUGCUAACCGAGCUCCGGAGCUGCUGCGCCUGCUCGCUGUCAACAAACACGAUACAGCCGGGCGGAGCUUUAGCUCUGCGGCUCGAUAGCUCAACUACCUUGGGGGGGGGGGCGACCAUCUCACAGGGGGCCCGUUUCUAGUCCCGGAGGUGAGGGUGGGAUUACGGCGAAGCUCCGGCCUCGGAGGAAAGUUCCAGACGAGACAAUGACACAGUGCGACGACCGACAGGCAGCAAGCUAGCUGACGCGACGCUCCGGUAGCUGCGUCCCGGUGUGCUGCUCUGGCUCGGUGGCUCGCUGGGGUCCGGUGACCAGAGACUUAACGCAUUUUAAAUCACGAGCGUCACGAAUACCCUCUUGGACUCUCUUGGGUGCUAAGAUAAAGUUGUUUUUAAGUGAAAAGCGAAGGCAUUGUGACUCAACGUCUGUAACGUUAUCUAUAAAGACAUAGCCACAAACCCACUGAACCGAGACACAGACUGGAGCAGCAUCCACGGCUUCUGUGACCAGCUCAACAAUGACCUGGAGGGGCCUCAGCUGGCCACCAGGCUCCUGGCCCACAAGAUCCAAUCUCCACAGGAGUGGGAGGCCAUGCAGGCCUUGCUGGUUCUGGAGACGUGUAUGAAAAACUGCGGGAAAAGGUUUCACAGUGAAGUUGGCAAGUUUCGUUUUCUCAAUGAACUCAUCAAAGUAGUUUCUCCAAAGUACCUGGGCUCCCGGUCACCAGAGCCAGUCAAAAAGAAGGUUUUGGAGUUGAUCUUUAGCUGGACUUUGGGGUUACCUGAUGAGGCCAAGAUCUCAGAUGCUUAUCAGAUGCUGAAGAAACAAGGUAUUAUUAAACAAGACCCAGAGCUGCCACCUGACCAACUGCUGAACCUUCCUCCACCCAGACCCAAGAAUGCCAUUUUUGAGGACGAGGAGAAGUCAAAAAUGUUGUCUCGGCUGUUGAACAGCUCUCACCCCGAGGACCUAAAAGCUGCCAACAAACUCAUCAAGGAAAUGGUGCAAGAGGAUCAGAAGCGAGCAGAGAAGGUGUCAAAGCGGGUGAACGCCAUUCAGGAGGUGAAGGAGAGCGUCGCUCUGCUGACUCAGCUUCUGCAGGACUACGACGACACCGCUGACAAUCAGAGCAACGCUGAACUUCUGCAGGAUCUGUACCAGCGCUGUGAGAAAAUGAGACCUACACUGUUCAGACUGGCAAGUGAUACGGAGGACAACGACGAGGCUCUGGCCGAGAUCCUGCAGGCGAACGACAGCCUGACUCAGGUCAUCAACCAGUACAAACAGCAGGUGAAGGGGGAGAUAGUGAACAACACAUUGAACACACAGAGGAUAACAGGAGGGACGGCACUGCUCGAUCUGUCAGGAUUGGACACAUCGCCACACUCACCUCCGUCCUUCCCAGAGUUCCCCACUCCAACAGACAGCCUCAAUGCCCCUUCGCAAGAGAUGGGGAUCAGUCUGCUGGACGACGAGCUCAUGUCACUCGGUUUAAGUGAAGGAACACACACCUCCAACCCUCUCUCGCAGCCUGAGGACUCCACCGCCUGGGACUCCUUCCAGUCCUCCGACAGCAUCGACGCAGACAUCCCGGCAGCACCCAGUCUUCUCCUGAGUCCAGACCCCGCCUCCCACUCUCAGCCCCUCUCGUCUGGCUCUACACCUGGGAACUCUGCUCUGGAUGAGCUGGACCUGCUGGGAAAGACCCUGAUGCAGCAGUCCCUGCCUCCAGAGGACAUGCAGGUCAAAUGGGACAAGCAGCAGUGCAAACCAACUCUGAGGGAUCUGCAGAGCAAGUCUGGGUGCAACAUCACCCCAAACCCCAUACCAACCUUCGCCGCUGAACAUCCCGCGCCUCUUCUCAACUCUCAGCCCAGCCUUGCAGCGUCGUUGCUGGAUAUGUCCCCGACACACACAGAGACGCCACCUGUCGAUGUCACCCUGACUGAUGUUUUUGUACCGCUAGAAUCCAUUAAGCCCAGUAGUCUGUUACCUGUGACGGUGUUUGAUGGACACAGCCUGCGGGUUCUCUUUCACUUUGCUCGGGACUCGCCUCCCUCUCGUACCGAUGUGCUAGUGGUGAUAAUCUCCAUGUUGUCAUCUGCUCCCAUACCCGUCGACAACAUCAACUUCCAGACCACAGCCCCGAAGUCUAUGGCAGUGAAACUUCAGCCCCCAUCAGGAACAGAGCUCCCAGCUUUCAACCCCAUCCAUCCCCCGGCUGCGGUCACACAGAUCCUGCUGCUGGCGAACCCAAACAAGGAGAAAGUGCAGCUGCAGUACAGCUUAACCUUCACCAUGGGACAACAGGAGCACAGCGAGAGCGGAAGUCUAGAACAGUUCCCUCCUCCAGAGAUGUGGGGGAACCUAUAGCAUUGAAGCACAACCACAACCUGACAGACUCUCUGCUUUCAGACUCCGCUUCCUUUCCCAAAACCACCUCAACACUCUGCGUUUUGCCCGUUUUCCUUUUGUAAACACGUUGUACUUUUUUUGAUCGGUGUUGAUAAAUUGCUUUUGCUCUAAAUGAGUCGCGUGAUGUCCCCCCCCCCCCUCCCCUCCACUCCCCCAAGAGCUGUUGCAGUCUUGUCAUAUUGUUUAACAGACGACAUCAAAUGUGUGCGUACUUUUUGGUGUGUUUGUGGUGUUUUUCACUUCAGUCUGAAUCACUCAUCUGUUGCUUUUACCGUCACCUCUGCAUGCUUUUCCAACACAGGAUGCAAUGCCUGCAAAAUCAGGACACAGAGGACGUUGGCGCAUUACAUAGUUCAUCUUAGUUUGCAAAACAAGGCUAGACUUAAUCAACGUUUCUUGGUAUCUUUUUAAUUCCUUUUGCAAUGACUGAGUCCACUUUUUGAUUUGCACAAAGGAUUUUUUUUGGGGGGGGGGGGAGAUUGUACCAUUUGUGUUUCUCAUCUUGUGUAAAGAACGAAAUUAACAAGUGUCAUCUGCCAUAUGUGCCUAUUUUGCGGUUUUAACAUUUUACUUUUCGUGUGUUUUGGAUGGAUUUGUUUUCCUCAUCUGUUACACAUCAGUCAUAUUAGGUCUGAGAUGCAGUUCAGCGACAUGAUAUCCUUAAUAUAUUCUGAGCAUUUUCAGUAGGGUAAGUUACAUUUUGACUUAUUUAUUUAGCUUGUGAUUUAAUUUUUUUAUUCAGAAUUUAUUGGUUAAGACUAUCACGCAACUUGAGAUGAAGCAAGGUGCUCAGCGUGCACUCCUGGUCUCAAACCAGUUUCUCCAGUGUGCGAUGCAUGUCAGUCACGCUCAACACUCCUCCCCACAGGCUCUCAAUCACAUUCCGCUGCACUAAUCUCCAAUAUGACUGCUUUGUAAAUACCAAUGAUGGCAGUCCUGUUAUGUACAUUUGACUUGUGCAAGAGCAUAAUUCUGGUAAAAUAUUCCAAAUGGGUAAUAAAGGAUUUUUCUUGGUGA